GAAGAGAAAUUGGGGAUGCAAUGGGGAAUCUGAAAGAGGGUUUCCGAUUCAGUCCGACUGAUGCAGAAGCUGUUACUUUCUUGUUGAGAUUCAUUGCUGGAAAAUUGAUGAAUGAUUCUGGAUUCAUCACUACUCAUGUUGAUACUUACAGUAAACAAGAACCAUGGGAUAUUUACAGUCACGGAGUACCCUGCUGUAAUGACGAUGACUGUAGUCAGCAUCGCUUCUUCAUCACAAAACUCAAGAAAAAAAGCGAGUCAAGAUAUAGUCGUGAUGUGGGAAACAAGGGCAGUUGGAAACAGCAAGACAAGAGCAAACCUGUUCGAAAGAAGGGUGGACCGGUGAUUGGAUACAAGAAGAGCAUGUCUUAUAUGAAUAAAGGCUAUUAUAACAAGAAAAAUGGUGAUUGGCUGAUGAAGGAAUACACUCUCUCAGAGUAUCUUCUUGAUAAAUUUGACAAGGAUUGCAGAGAUUAUGUUCUCUGNAACAUCCAUCUCAGAGAGGUAGAGGUAGAUCGAAGAAGUACGAUGAAAGGUGAUUAG